AUGGAGUUAUCAGGUAGCACAGUAACUGGACUGCAAUUGGCUGGUUCUUCUUCAAUAGAUGACAAGUCCUUCAACAGAUUGACUCAGUUAGUACUUCAAUCUAUAAUGGAGGACACUGACCCGUCCAUUAUACAAGAUGAUGGUAAAUUAUCAAAGAUAAAUCAAGGGAUGUUGAAGGAGUGCUACUCAUCAUUAAUUAUAUUAUUAAUUGAAGGGGCUCGCACUGACACUGAUACCACUGGAAUGAGGUCUACAUUAGAGGAUUGUAAACUAACUCCUGACAGAAUUGAAGCAUUAGUGACACUUUAUAAUAAUAAUAAAGCAAAGCUAAGAGCAAGGUUGGGUAGAAUUCGCUCAUCAUUUCCUUACCUCAUUGACGUCAACUGGAGAUUAGAUUAUUAUAUUAAGGAAGGUGAUGGAAAGAAGAAAGAUGUUAUAUUUAGUUGCACACAAGAACAGCUCCAGGAUUUGGUUGGAAAGUUGAAAGAUGCUUCAAAAUCACUUGAGAAAUUUAGCCAACAAUAA